CAAUUAUAUUAACAAUCCAGUACCAGAGGAUGAAGCAAGUAAGCAACUUCUUCCCAUUGACGACCAGAAAAAGACCCACAUGCCGUCGUCACUUCCUCGCAUCAUAGUCUCCCACUUUUGAUCCUUUCAUAGGAUAACUUUCCAGGUUUCUCACAUGACCUCACAUGAUGAUUUUUAUAUUUCUAAUUUAAUGCUUUUUUUUUUUUUAACAGAAACCAGAUGGACAAAUCUGCAACACUGUGCACAGGGAGAGAAGUCUAAAACAAACAGCUCCUUUAUUUAUCAAGGCUUUGAAGCUAAACUAGACAUUUCUCCUUCUGCAACUGCAAAACAAGAGGAAAAGAAGAGAUGGGUGUUGCUAACCAAGAAGCGAUCAAGCAAUUUCAAUCUUUAAUGGACCAAAUAGAUGAGCCACUCAAGAAUACAUUUCAGAAUAUGCACCAGGGUUAUCCAAAUGAAACGUUGGUGCGAUUUCUUAAAGCAAGAGAGUGGAAUGUUGCUAAGGCCCAUAAAAUGUUGGUUGAUUGUUUACAAUGGAGAAUACAAAACGAGGUUGAUAACAUAUUGGCAAAACCAAUCAUUCCAGCUGAUUUGUAUAGAGCAAUUCGAGAUUCACAUCUUGUAGGAUUAUCAGGUUGCACUAAAAAGGGUCUUCCCGUCAUUGCCAUUGGUGUUGGGCUCAGCACAUUUGAUAAAGCAUCUGUGCAUUAUUAUGUGCAGUCACACAUCCAAAUGAAUGAAUACAGAGAUCGUGUAAUAUUUCCUGCUGCAACCAAGAAGUAUGGGCGACAUAUUAGCACUUGUAUCAAAGUUUUAGAUAUGACUGGCUUAAAGUUUUCAGCAUUGAAUCAAAUAAAGCUAUUGACUGUUAUAUCUACAAUUGAUGACUUGAACUAUCCAGAAAAGACAGAGACAUACUAUAUUGUUAAUGCCCCAUAUAUAUUUUCAGCAUGUUGGAAGGUUGUAAAGCCCCUCUUACAAGAAAGAACAAGGAGAAAAAUUCAGGUGUUGCAAGGUUGUGGAAGAGAUGAAUUGCUAAAGAUUAUGGAUCAUACAUCCCUUCCACAUUUUUUUAGAAAAGGAUCUGGCUCAUCUCACUGCAUAGGGAACGGAACUACUGACAAUUGUUUCUCCUUGGAUCACGACUUCCAUCAACAGGUAUACAAUUACAUCCAACAGCAAGCCGCUCUUCUAGAAUCAGUUUCACCAAUCAAGCAGGGGUCAGUCCACGUGGAUAUCCCAGAGUCAGACUCAGAAGAUGCCAAGAUUGCUAAGACAAUCGAAUCCGAGUUCCAAAAGUUUGGGGGUCUGAAUGGACUCUCUAACUCAUUAAAUGGCCUUAAAGUUGAAAGUUGAAUAAUAUCAACUUCGAAUCCUUGAUAACACACCAGAUCCCCAACUCUUGGUGGCUGAUUGAUCCUGACAGCUUUGGUGGCAACUCUUUGUACUUGAGUUACCCAAUACGUUAGUGCUCACUUGCAUCAGCUCGAUGCAGGAUUGGCAAGAUAAAGCUCUAAUAUUUUUGUAAAUUGAUAUUACCAAUUUGGAGUGGACAAUUAUAACUAUGGCAUUUUAUGACCAUUUUACUCUGAUGAUAGAGUAAAAACUAUUGCAUUA